UAGAGCCCUGGAUGGUCUCGGCUGAUCAGAUUAGAGGUGUCAGGGCUCGUUAAUCUGGGAGGCAGUGACAGUCUGCCACUCACGCCGGUUCUGCUCACCGCUCCCAUUCAGCGGCGGCGCAGGGGCAGAGGAGCGCAUUUGGCGUUGACGCGUCUCGGGGAAUUUCCCCCCUUUUACAAUGGAUACCUGCAGGGUACGAGCCUGGGUGUUUCUGGUCCUCUUAUGGCAGGACGGACCUCUGGCAUCGCAGUUUCCGACACAGCUUAUGAUUAAAGAAUGGGUUGAUCAGAUGCAAAAGGAGCUUGUCACCCUUGCAGACACAGCAACAGCUGGGAAAAGCCUCACUCAGAUUUUUCGGAGAAACCGGCAGUUAUACACUGUGGAACAAAAUGAUGCAGAGGAGUUGGUGGCCAGAGCUGCUCUCAACAUUGAACAGCUGCUGCGGAAGAGGUCUGCUGCCUUGGAGAAACUGGCCACAGCUGCUGAGAACUUCCAGAUGGAGCAUCAGUGGAAAGAUGAGUUUGAGGAUGACGAAAUUGCCUACUACAACGCGAAGGACAAUCUUGAUGCAAAUGAGACAGAGGGAAGAAAAUACAGGAUCCGACCAGACUUUAAAGAGGACCCGUUAUUUAAACGUUUGACUGAUCACAACCACACGGCUGUCCACAUUCCCACUGACAUCUAUGAUGGCUCCACCAUUGUGCUGAACGAGCUCAACUGGACAGAGGCGUUGGAGGAUGUGUUUAAAAAGAACACAGAGGAUGACCCGACCCUUCUCUGGCAGGUGUUUGGUAGUGCUACAGGCCUGGCUCGCUACUACCCAGCCUCUCCAUGGAUGGAUGCUCGCAAGACUCCCAGUAAAAUUGAUCUGUAUGAUGUCCGCAGAAGGCCGUGGUACAUCCAAGGAGCUGCCUCACCCAAAGAUAUGCUAAUCCUCGUAGACGCGAGCGGAAGCGUAUCUGGCCUGACUCUCAAACUGAUCAGGACCUCUGUCAGUGAAAUGCUGGAGACGCUGUCUGACGAUGACUACGUCAAUGUGGUUUAUUUUAACACAAGGGUGAAGAAAACAGCCUGUUUUGACCACCUGGUUCAAGCCAAUGUGAGGAAUAAGAAGCUGCUGAAAGAUGCUGUGCAGAACAUCACAGCAAAGGGAAUAACAAACUACACAAAGGGCUUUGAGUUUGCGUUUGAGCAACUCUCCGCAACCAAUGUGAGCAGAGCAAACUGCAACAAGAUUAUUAUGCUGUUUACGGAUGGAGGAGAGGAACGAGCACAAGCCAUCCUGGAGAAAUAUAAUGCUGACAAAAAGGUGAGGAUCUUCACCUUCUCAGUCGGACAACACAACUAUGACAAAGGACCCAUUCAGUGGAUGGCCUGUUCCAACAAAGGUUACUUUUAUGAGAUUCCUUCCAUCGGAGCCAUCAGAAUAAAUACACAGGAAUACUUAGAUGUCCUGGGAAGACCCAUGGUUCUGGCAGACAAAAAGGCCAAACAAGUCCAGUGGACUAAUGUGUACCUUGAUGCUCUGGAACUGGGUCUGGUCAUCACUGGAACACUUCCUGUCUUUAAUAAAACCAAGACCAAAGAUGACAGAAAUGGAGAGCACCAGAAUCAGUUGAUUCUUGGCGUAAUGGGGAUUGACGUAUCUCUUCAUGACAUCAAGAAGCUCACGCCCCGCUUCACGAUUGGUCCAAAUGGAUAUUAUUUUGCCAUUGAUCCCAAUGGAUAUGUCCUUCUGCACCCCAAUCUCCAGCCAAAGAAAAGGAUCCGUAACAGGAAGCUCAGGAUCAAUAAUAUGUACGCAGUGACUUUUCAUGAGGAACCUGUCACCCUGGACUUUCUGGAUGCUGAGUUGGAGAAUGACAUCAAAGUGGAGAUCAGGAGAAUGAUGAUUGAUGGAGAGACAGGUGAACGUACGAUACAGACUCUGGUGAAAACCCAGGAUGAGAGAUACAUAGAUAGAGGAGUUCGGACAUACACAUUUGCACCAGUUAAUGGAACUGACUACAGCCUGGCCCUCGUGCUGCCCAAAUACAGUGAACAUUUCAUUCAAGCUAAACUUGGGGAUGACAUGAAACAGGCGAUGUCUUCUUCUUGGGGUCAAGAAGCCAUGGAAACCAUACAGCUGGAGAGGUUUGAUGAGUUUGGUUACACCUACAUCGCUCCAAGGGAUUACUGCAAAGAAUUGAAGUUGUCAGACAACAACACCCAGUUUCUCCUCGACUUCAACCAGUACAUUGAUAGGAACACUCCAGAUGCAUGUAAUGUGUCCCUUGUGAGUCGUCUGAUCCUAGACGCUGGUCUAACAGCUGAACUGGUAAAAGUUUGGAGUGAACAGACAGCGGAUGGCGUUGUGGCCAGGUUUGUUGCCACAGAUGGAGGAAUCACAAGAGUCUAUCCAAGAAGUGCUGGGGAAGAGUGGACUGAGAAUCCCGAGACAUAUGAAUCCAGCUUCUACAAGAGGACCCUGGACAAUGAAAUUUAUAUUUUCACUGCUCCAUCUUUCAACUCAGAGAGUAGGGAGCCCAUUACUGAAUCAGGUAUCCUAGUGAGUAAAGCAGUGGAUCUCACUAUUGACGAAGUCACACUUAAACCAGCAGUUGUGGGAGUGAAACUCAAUGUCAGUUUCUGGAUGAACACUUUCAUGAAUGCUACACUAAAACUGAAUUGCAAGGAUGAAAUCUGUGGUUGUCUACGGAAUGAUAAGCAAGUAGACUGUGUGAUCCUGGAUGAUGGAGGGUUUCUUCUCAUGUCGAAUCAAGAUGAAUAUAUUACACUGAUAGGUCAGUUCUUUGGUGAAGUGGAUCCUGUGCUGAUGAUCAACCUGGUCAACACUUCCCUGUACUCCUUCAAUAAGACAUAUGACUACCAGUCUGUCUGUGACCCAGAGAAAGACAGCAAGGCUGCAGCAGGACCACGCUCUGUCUAUGUGCCUACCAUUGCAGACUUGCUGAGCAUUGGCUGGUGGGCCUCCAGCGCAGCCUGGUCAAUACUGCAGCAGCUCCUCUUCAGUCUCACAUUUCCCAACAUUCUAGAAGCAGUGGAGUCAGGAGAUGAAGACAUACCAGAUGCCAUGUUCAAAGAGAGUUGUAUCACAGAGCAGACUCAGUACUUCUUUGACAAUGAUGAAAGAUCCUACUCAGGUGUCCUGGACUGUGGAAACUGUUCCAGGAUGUAUCGAGCUGAGAAGCUGCCAAAUACCAAUCUAGUGUUCCUGAUUACUGAUGCCAAGGCAACAUGCUUGUCAUGUGACCCCAGGCCACUACGACAAGCAGAACAACCCUCUGAAGGUCCAGAUCCAUGUGAGCUGGCGCAGAACCCCAGAUACCGCAAAGGGCCGGACGUGUGUUUUGACAACAAUGAAAAUGAUGAACCCUUGUGUCCAAUCAGCAAAGGUUUUGCAUUAAGCUCACCAUCACUCUUCUUGUUUCUGGUGCUGACUUCAGGGAAGACGAUUCUGAUUGUGGAGGAGGGACUUGCCUAAGCCCACGUCUUUUGCCAAUGCUUGGGCUCCAACUGCUGCUGCUAUGGCUCAUCACAUCUUCACAGCGCUCAUGACCCUUACACAUAUGCGCACACACAAACACACACACAAACAC